UUCUUCUCAAAUUUUUCUCUUUCCAUCUCUCUGUUUCCCCUAUCUCUCUCUCUCUCUCUCAAUUCUUUCUCUCUCUAUCUGAUCUUAUUGGGUUUUUUUUUUUAAAUCUUCGAAAAUUGCCAGAUUCCGGCCACAUCUUCUCUCUCCUCUCUUUUAUCUCUAAUCACAUCCUCUUCACCCUAAGGAGGCCCACUGUUAUGUGAAUUUACCUUUUUGCGCUUUGAUUUUCUGAAUUUACCUUUUUACCCUUGUCAGUUUUUUUUCCCCACCCGAGGCCCAUUCCGCAAAGAUAAGAAGAUAAUUACCGUUGGUUUUUUAGCGAAACAUUUGAUUUGUUGUAAGUUUUAUUUUGGAGUGGUUUGGUAGUGACGUGGCAUGCGGAUAGAGAGCCAUGAAUACCAAAACGAUGCGUCUCCCCCCUCGUCGUGUGCUGACACCUAGUGGCACUACCAAUAAGAGAAAAGAGAGAGAUGACCCGUUUGAUAGGCCCAAGCCCAUACCCGCAACCCCCACGAAAUUACUCAAGCCGGAUAAGCCGAUCCCGAGGCCCGGCUCCGAGCCGAUCACCGGCACAAGCAACAGCAAAGGCUCCGACUCGAAGCUGUCAAAUCAGCUGCUAGCGGGCUACCUGGCCCACGAGUAUCUUACCAAGGGGACCCUACUGGGCCAGCCGUGGGGCCCGGCCCGAGCAGAGGGUGGCUCCAGAGGGAAGUCGACGGAGGAAGGCGGCGGCGAGGACGGAGAAGCGGAGGCGGCGCCACCGUGCCGGAGAACGGAGGAGGAGCUGGAAAGGUACACGGAAGUGGCGGGCUUGUUGAAUGGUGGUGGGGCCCACCUCCCCGGCGUUGUGAACCCCACCCAGCUCUCCCGUUUCUUACACUUGUGAUCUGACAGACAAAUUGGGAGAGUCCUUGGUGACACGUGGGACCAUCCCAUUCGCUCUCCCUCGUUUUGUUCCUCUGGAGACAAAACGAACCCGGGGAGAGAAAUUUCUCCUCCUUCCAUCUUUUUCAUUUUUCUUUUUGAUUUUGAGGCAGAAGGGAAAUUUUCUGAUGCAUGCAACUUGUAUGUCAUCCCUCAUGAUGUAUCCAUUCACAUGCAAAAUACAUGCUUUUCGCUUCGACAAGUUUUAAUCCCUUU